AUGGGCGAGCCGUUCACCAUGACAGCAUUAUUACGGGCAGACGACGUCGGCAACCGUAAGCCAUCGCGCAAUGACUCGGCGUUCAUCGCCCUGGUUCGAAAUGAAGAGUUGGGCGGGAUCGUCUACUCGAUGCGUCAGGUCGAGCAAAGCUUUAACUCGAAAUUCCAAUACCCCUGGAUUUUCUUCAAUAACGAUCCGUUCACCGAUGAGUUCAAACGCCGCACGGCCUCGGAGACCCAAGCCGCAUGCUUUUAUGAGCAGAUCCCCAAGGAGCAUUGGGAUGUCCCGGACUCGGUCGAUAGGGACACGAUGGCCCGGCGGAUGGCCGAGAUGCUUUCUCAGGGGGUCAAACAUGCGUCAGACUUGAGUUACCACCAAAUGUGUCGGUGGUAUUCAGGCUUUUUCUACAAACACCCGGCACUCGACAACAUUCGGUAUUACUGGCGCGUGGAACCGUGGAUACAGUUCUUCUGCGCCGUCGAGUACGACGUGUUUCAAUACAUGUCGGAUAACAACAAGGUGUACGGAUUUACGAUCAAUAUAUACGACGACCCCCUGACCCUGCCAUCAUUAUGGCCGCAGACGCUCGACUUCAUCGCCAAAAACCCUCAACAUCUCAGCCAUCAAAUGGCUUGGGGUUGGCUCACCGACAGCACGGGGCGACCAGAACACAAUGCCCGGGCCAACGGGUAUAGUACGUGCCAUUUCUGGAGCAAUUUCGAAAUUGGCGACCUCGAAUUCUGGCGACACCCUGCCUACGAGUCUUACUUCCAAGCUUUGGAUCGCACGAACGGGUUUUUCUACGAACGAUGGGGAGACGCACCGGUCCACAGCAUCGCGCUGGGGCUCUUCGCGAACGUGUCGAGUAUACACUGGUUUCGAGAUAUCGGCUACCGUCAUACCGUCUACACCAACUGUCCCGCUUCGGAUCGAUGUCAGGGCUGCCAGGCCAACAAGUUUGCGCCCGUGGCGUUUUGGCUCAACGGGGAAGAUUGCCGUGUUUGUAUCAGCGGUCUCACGCUUCAGGAAAACCAUUUUCUGACGCCUCCCGGUGGCACUAUGAUUGAUUACCUGAGGUCAUCUUGGCCAUGUUCAGAAUCGGUCUCAGAUCCGUAA